AUGUUCAGUAAGCUGUCGGGACAGCCCGAGAGCUACGAGAAAAAGUCGCUGUAUCGCUUUGGAAGAACCCUCGGUGCCGGAACAUAUGGUAUUGUCCGCGAAGCAGAUUGUUCAUCGGGAAAGGUUGCAGUUAAGAUUAUCUUGAAGCGGAAUGUCCGGGGCAACGAGCGCAUGGUCUAUGACGAGUUGGACCUGCUGCAGAAAUUGAACCACCCUCACAUCGUUCACUUUGUUGAUUGGUUUGAGUCCAAGGACAAAUUCUACAUCGUCACUCAAUUGGCCACUGGUGGUGAACUGUUUGACAGAAUCUGCGAGUACGGCAAGUUCACAGAGAAGGAUGCUUCGCAAACAAUCCGCCAAGUCCUUGACGCCGUCAACUACCUGCAUCAACGGAAUAUCGUCCACCGAGACCUGAAACCUGAAAACCUCCUCUACCUUACUCGUGAAAUCGACUCGCAACUAGUCCUCGCCGAUUUCGGUAUCGCGAAGAUGUUGGAUAACCCAGCCGAGGUCCUGACCAGCAUGGCGGGAUCAUUCGGUUAUGCUGCCCCCGAGGUCAUGCUCAAGCAAGGGCACGGCAAAGCCGUCGACGUCUGGUCUCUGGGCGUCAUCACCUACACUCUGCUCUGCGGAUACUCGCCCUUCCGAUCCGAGAACCUAACCGACCUCAUCGAAGAGUGCCGAUCCGGCCGCGUUAUCUUCCACGAGCGCUACUGGAAGGACGUCUCAAAAGACGCCAAGGACUUCAUCCUCAGCCUCCUCCAGGUCGACCCGUCCAAGCGGCCCACAUCCGACGAAGCCCUGAAGCACCCCUGGUUGAAGGGAGAAUCCGCCAGCGACCGCGACUUGCUUCCCGAAAUCCGUGCAUACAUUGCUCGCUCUCGCCUCAAGCGCGGCAUUGAGAUCAUCAAACUCGCCAACCGCAUCGAAGCACUCAAGAUGCAGGAGGAAGACGAGGAAGAUAUCCCCAGUGCCGUCGAUGUACAACCCUCAGAAGAAUCCGGCAAGCCCGGUCUGUCACCCUUCCCCGCUCUCUCAUCGGAAAGCGGCAAUACACCCCCUGCUUCAUCCGCCGAUGAAGAAGCAGGCGGCACCAAGAAGCGCAGCUUGAGCAAGAUCGCGCGAGGUGCCAUCUUCCGCGAGGUCGUCCUCGCCAAGGUACGCGAGAUGAAGGAGAACGAAGAACGUGAAAAGGUCGAGCGCCAGGCUCGCGAGCGAGCCCAGUCAUAG